CCGAUAGUAUAAGUCUACAAAAUGAAGUCUGGUAUCAUACUACUUAUUCUGCAAUUUUGUAUUUAUGUUCAAUUUGCAACAUCGGAGGAACCUUCCACGAAAGACCUCGCUGAUUACGAAAACGUAGAGAGAAAACAUCACAAAAAGAAAAAACAUCAGAAUAAUCCUUGUAAUGGUGUUGGCAGACUAUUUGGACCUCACGAAUACUCUAAUACAUAUAUUUCUGCACCUACGAAUAAUUAUUUUUUUGGAUGUGGCGGUUUCCCAGCACCGUAUCCUGUGAACCAGAAUAAUGGUCACGGAGGACACGGUCACGGUGGACACGGUCACGGUGGACACGGUCACGGUGGACACGGUCACGGAGGUCAUGGCCACGGAGGAUAUGGCCACGGUCAAGGAGGUAACGCAAACUUUGGCAGUUUCAAUGGUUACCAACCUCAUCUAUAUAAUCAGGGGUAUCAAACACUUGGAAAUCCCUUGCAGAACAUUUUAUCGUCAGCAACCACGGGCUUUGGUAACACCGUUGCGAAUUAUUUCACACGACCAAGGAAGACUUAUAGGAAGAUAAACAGAUUAAUAAAUAAUUUGUUUUAAAGUGCAUGACGUGUGAAUUAUAAACAAUAGUGGUAAUUAUGUGCUUAGUGUAAACGUGUGAAAACAGUAUUAUUAUUACAUGUGAUUUAUAAACGUACCUAUUAUACAGGGCGUCCCACGUUUAUGCCACACGGAGGGGAAGUACCUUAAUUAUUGUAUAUGUAACAUUUUAUUGAAAGAAGACUUCAUUCAAAAAUCAACAACACUUUAUUCACGGAAAUGACACUUAUCUGCUAUGAAUGAUGGUACUUCAUAAAGGGUUGAGCUAAUGAGAAGAAGUAGGAAGAAACUCAUUGCCACUCUUUUUAAUCGUGACUUACUUUUUCAUCGUUUUACAAAUCAUUUUAAUUACAAUAUAAUAAUAUGUGAAGUGAUCCAACAAACAUGCAUGCAUUUAGAAAACUAUUUUUUAACUUCGUUCAUAGAUUAUUAUAUUAAAUAAUUGCCUGAUUAUACCGGUAAUCGAACUCGCUACACGAGAAAAAAAAUACUUACCCUUUUAAAUACC